GUUCCUUUGAUAAGGAACAAAAUUAAUUCUGCCAAAAAGUCUAACAUGUUCUAUGAAAGUGUAACUUCACGUUAUGUUACAUACUACUGUGGGCUUUGUGUUCUUAAUAACAAAAAAAACCCUUGUUCUUUCCCUUCCUCCUUCCCCACUUUUGUAGACUUUUUUUUCUUUAGAAGAAAGCCUUUCUUGCUUCACUUUGUGCUGUGCUUCUUCCCCUAGGCAAUAAAUGAAUUGUCUCAUACAAGCUUUGGCUUCUGCACACAGCCUUAGAUGCAACUAAUACCAGGAUUGAGGGAUGCUUGGAAAACCGAUAAAUUUGUUUUGUUAAUGGCAUGUUUUGUACAUUGUUUUUUUUAACCCACUAGUUUCUGCAUGGAUGUGUAAUAAUGGCUCUUUUGUUUAACAUUAGAUAAGCAUGAGAUCACCGUGGCACAGCUGCAUGUGUAGUCACUCUUGAAGCAAUUGCACACCUAAUUGGCUGACAAUCUUGGCAUUUUUAAAACAAACACAAGCCUUUUAAAGACAGGGGACAUGUUUAUUUACGAAUAGUCAAAUUAACCUGUGGGGUGUCAUCAAUGGAGCCCUCUGGCAGUGAACAGUUGUGCGAUGACCCUGAUCCUGGAGGCAAAUCCCAAGAUCAAGAGACCAAAAAACAACAUGAAUCAGAGCAAAAAUUAUCCAAAAUAACCCAUAAUGCUUUGGAGAACAUUAAUGUGAUUGGUCAAGGCUUGAAGCACCUUUUCCAGCAUCAGCGCAGGAGGUCGUCAGUUUCUCCACAUGAUGUUCAGCAAGUUCAGGCUGAUUUGGAGUCUGACAUGGAUUUGGAAAGCCAAAGCGCCUGCGCUGAAAUUGAUGGUGUCUCCACCCACCCUACAGCUCUGAACCGAGUGCUUCAGCAGAUCAGAGUGCCACCUAAGAUGAAGAGAGGGACGAGCCUGCACAGCAGGCGGGGCAAGACGGAGCCUCCCAAAGGAAGUCCCCAGAUCAGCAGGAGGUCUGCACAAGAUAUGCAAUCAGGUCGUCCCAGAUCGUCGUCCACUACAGAUGCUCCCACGAACUUGUCCGUGACGGAGAUUGCUUCUUCUGUCUGUGUAGGUGGAGAGGAGGCCACAGCAGCAGUGAACUUUGAAGAGAGCCAGUGAUUUUCCAAGUUUAUAUCCAAAUCCAGCAACUUGAGUUAUGAAGCAUGGCAGCCUGUUUUGGUUUAUCAGGUUACAACCUUAGCUCAUUUAGAUCUGAUAUACUUGAUUUUAAACAUGCUUGCUUACUUACAAAGCGCUAUUGUAAGUGAUGUCUCAGUGUACGUGCAGGAAGGGAGGCUGUUCUGAAAGUGCUCACAUUUUCCUUUAGUAGUGGCCCUUGCAUCUCUGUGAUACGUGUGCAGUGUGAGAACCCUUUGUCACGAGGCUGAGGAAGGCUGUGGAAAUGAAGUUGAUGCACCUCAGCAUGGCCCCUCUUUAUCUCAUCACCCGAAGUGUGUCUGCUGCUUUCAGACUUGCACCUCACACUCUGCCCUUAACCUGAGACAACCUCUGCGCUAAUUUGGGAUUGCUUCCUGACACCCAUCCUGAAAAGCAUAGGUGGACUUUGAGAUAAAAUCCUAACAAACCCUUCAGGAGUGCUGACAACAUUUGUUGGCAUGUCUCUGAGCUUUGAUGUUUUAGUAAUGUUAGUAUCUGUGUAGGCCCAUGUAGAAUUGGGAAAGAAAAGAGUGAGCAAGGGGGGGAAUCUUAAAAUGAGAGCAAGAAUUUUUUAUUUUUAGCAGAACCAACUAAAAGCCAAAGCAAUGGCAAUACUCAGUCAUGAACUUUUUGUAAGCUAGCAGCAAGGGCCUCUAGUCAUACAAGAUUCAGUUUACUUCAGAGAUUUGACAUGCUUGUACACAGACUCAAGCUGAGACAGUACUGGCUCUGGCUUUGCACUUUCUUACACGUGUACAGCUACAAGGUAAAUAUCAGUCUUCAACAUCUGGCUACUUAACAGCAUUCAGUUUCAAAUGCAGUGGGUUGUUAGUGCUCACUCUAUGUAGCAUUCUGCAGUUGUGCUUCUAUAUGUGAUAUUUUUUUUUUUUAAUAAAAGGCUAUGGAGUGAUCAUCUAAAAUGCAUCAUUUCCCCACCCUCGUCCUGAAAUUUUCUUAUAACUUUACAAAAGAUAGAUGUGUGCUUAAGUUGUCAGUCUAUGUUUAACCAGCUUCAGCUAUGACUGAUCAAAGUUGAGUAGUGUCUGGAGGAACAUCUGGCUCUUGCCAAAGGAUGGCGGUGGAAACAGAUACCCUGAAGAUAGUAAAGAAAACCAAAAACUGCCGUGGAUUCCAUACAGUGGCUUUCUGCAGUGUGGAAAAUACCAAAACAAGCAAGAAUUGGUGAAAAUUGUUCUUACUGGCUGUAAAUGACCAAGGAAACCAUACUAGCAGCAUGGAGCUGUGUCUGUGGUUCCUAUCCCAGGCACUGGUGCCGUACAGCAUCUCAUAUCUUAGAAAAGUGCUGUCAUAAAAGCCAUGCCUGUUGUAGCCUGCAAGCAGUCUAGAGCUUCAGAGUUGCUUGGUUCUGUUUUCCAUGGGUGUCCAUCAUGAGUGUCCAUGCAGUAGAAAUUUUCAAGCUGGGAAGUUUCUGUUGAAUUUGUCGGCUUAUUAUGUCUUUAUUAAUAACUAAAAUCAGUGAGUUAUCUCAGAUAGUGUCAGCUGCCUGGCCAUGAAAACACGAAGGCAUUAAAAAAAAAAGGUGGAACCCAGUUUGUAAUAGAGAAUUCUAUGCAGCAGCUAAUUGCUAGCAUCUCUAGGUCUAGCAGUUUAAAAGUAUUUUCUUGUUCUUCCAUUAUUUUACAAACUUCAUUCAGACAUGCAUGGUUUUAUCAGUUUUUGGUAUAAUCAUAUCAUAGAAUGUCUUGAGUUGGAGGCUCCUUAAAGAUCUAGUAUUCCUGAUGGGGCCCCAAGGUCAGGAAGGACUAGAACAAAGUGCAAAUAAAUGACUGGAAAGGCUUUGUGAUAGACAAAAUACAGUUGAGAUAGGCAAAGUGCAGAAAUGACUGUGGGACUGGAGCUGAAGGAGAGGUGUGCUUGUGUCAGCCCUUCACGCAGCCCGGCCUCGGAUCAGCUGGCUGUGCUCAGGGCUCUGGUGAAGAAAGUCAGGAAUCUGCUCAGCAAGGGUCUGAAAUCAGGAGAGCGCAAUUCAGCCGAUUGUUGAAGCGGUCUUACAAGAGGCAUCGGUGUGUUUGGCAUCUGAGAAGCAAAUGUGGCAUUCAGUUAAUUGCUUUCUCUUUAGCGACUUGUAUUGCAAAACUAGUUACCACACAGUUCAAAUGAUGCAGUUGAUAAAGGGUGUUUAGCAACUUGUGUUGCAAAAGCAGUUACCACACAGUUCAGAUGGAGUCAAUAAAGGGCUAGGUAACAUCUGGAACUGUUGCAGUAAGCUUAAAUGGAGCACAGGGCACGUUAAGCAUGAACUCAGCCCUUACACACUGUCUUUAAGUUAUGAGUGGUGAAGUUUUAGCACAUUGUUACAUCAGGGAAACGGGGUGAAAGCAUUUCAUCCACUGAACCUGCAUUAUUUCGCAAAUCUUAUGAAAUAAGAAUAAGUUCUUCAAAAUACUUGUUAAAUAACACUCUGGUAUUUGUGGGGAGAGUACUCUGCACUAGUAGGUUCAGCUCUUGCCUGUGUGUGCUCUUGCCAGUUGUGUAUGCAGCAAAUCUGUCCUUGAUCUCAUUUCAUAUUAACUUUCUCAUGACUAUGCCAAGUUAUCUUCUUUUUGAUCUCAGUCUCUCAAAAAAGAUCUUUAAAAAAUAAAGCACCACCAAGUUCGCUUUCUUGA